UUGUCUACUACUUUUUUUCCUUCUCCAUUAAUGGAGAUGGUUUAUGCUGACAUGGCGUCUCUCUCCAUCACACCACUCGUCGUUUCCUCUUCCUCUGACUACUCGUCCUCAUCUCGUUACCGACAACUCAGCUGUAACAGCGUCGUCUUAUCCGAAGAUCUGUCUUGGAUGGAUCUGAUCAACGCUCCCAGAUCAUGGGACCUUCCUUUCAACAUCGAGAACGAUCAUCGUCUCUUCAACCGAAGCAAUUUCGAAGUAGGGUUUCACCAGAGUCCGAGUAAUCUGAACAAUGCGGUGAUUAAGGGAGAGAUCAGUGAUCACAACAACAGCGAGGUUAGUGGUAAGGAGGAGGCUGAUAUUAUUAAUGGAAACGGAAAGCCAUCGUCGAAGGCGAAUAUCUCGAGAGGACAUUGGAAGCCAGCCGAAGAUAAUAAGCUCAGAGAACUCGUCGCCGUCUACGGACCACAAAACUGGAACCUUAUCGCAGAGAAGCUCCAUGGAAGAUCUGGGAAGAGCUGCAGACUGAGAUGGUUCAACCAAUUGGAUCCGAGAAUAAACAGGAGGGCGUUUACAGAGGAAGAAGAGGAGAGAUUAAUGCAAGCGCAUAGGCUAUAUGGGAACAAGUGGGCAAUGAUAUCGAGGCUCUUCCCUGGAAGAACUGACAAUGCAGUCAAGAACCAUUGGCAUGUCAUCAUGGCUCGCAAAUACAGAGAACACUCCACUGCUUACCGGAGAAGGAAGAUGAUUACCCUCAAACCUCUCCCUAAACCCAUCCCUAAUCCUGAUCCCAGCCCUAAUCGCACUUUUAACCAUAAUCAUCACCAUCUUCAGCCACAGCAGAAGCAGCUUCACCACUUCACUCACCCUUCUUUUCCUGAGUUUAACCAUGGUGGUUUACCUUUAACCCACUUGGUUAAUGCCCCCAACCCAAGUGACCUGCAUCAGCCGCUGAUGCUGCCUUUACAUCUCUUUCAAGGUUGCGAGGGCAAUGAAGCUCAGAUGGAGGGUAUGUUUGGCAACCAAAUGAUGGAUACUUCCGACCAGACAAUCCCACACGACGUUGUUACUGGUUUCAAAGACGGUCCUUGCCAUAACUUUGCUUCAAUGGAGGCAGGAGAGACUGUCACGUUCGAGAGGAUUAGUAACGACCACCAACCACCACCUUUCUUUGAUUUUCUUGGCGUUGGAGACACAUGAACCAAGUGGUCUUUUUCUUUUUCUUUUUCCAUUUUUCCCACUUAAUUAGUUAAUGUCAGUCGAUUAAUUAGUUAACCAAGAGCUUUAGGAGACAAAAACGAGAUCUGGUUCCUUGUCAUCUGUGUAGAUUGUCGCUGUCUUUGUUCCCACGUCGAGUAAACUCGUUUUAGUAGGUUUUUACGUUUA